UUUGUAAUUUAUUGCAGAUAAAGAUGAAAUUUGACUAUUUUUUAAUAGCAUUUAUCUUUGUAAUCAUUUUGGAAGAUGUUGAACUGUACAAGUUUCAGGUUUACAUAACAAACUUAUACAUCAAACAGGCUAAGGAGCAAGGUAUAUUUUAUGCCGUAGUUCAACGUUAUAUUCAAAGUCUAAACACAUCGAUGGAAGAACUGUCCCUUAUAUUUGCUGUACCAGAUAAAGCAAACUACCGUCGUCACCCACAGUUAUGCGUGGACAGAGAGAUUCGAGUUGGAAACUUAAUAUACGCAGUAUUAGGUGACUUUAACCUACUUCGAAAUACGAAUCUAAGUAUAGAACAAAUUCUAGAACUAGUUCAUGAUGUAUCUAAUGUAUUCCCUAAUGCAGAUGAAGAACAAACUGAAUAUUCAUUGUCAGAACUUGGAUUUGCCAGAAGACAAGAAACUAGAAAUACUAUACGUUCUUCAAUUAUAACUUUUAGUGGCCCGACAGAAACAGUUAGUAUUUUUAUGUGUCGUAGAAUAGGACUGAUCAGAAGUAUACUACACCCGGAUUCAUUUAUAACAAAUGCGGUGAUGGAGGAGAACGACACAUGUGUUCUAACUACAACUACAGACCCCGACAGUGUUUGGAAAUACAGAUAUGUUGGCGGCGAAAUUUGUCAAGUUGAUAUCAAUGAUGUCACCCGGUCAAUAGAACCACUUGCUAAUCAGAUGGUGUGGUAAUAUAGAUCACAAAGAUCCUAGUUAUAUCGUACACAAAAUUAUAUACUACAUUUUAAUACUUUUUAGAACUACAUAAUACUUGAAAUACCACAUUUACAUACAAAACUUUAAAUAAAUUAAAUAUUCUUUACAAUAAACAGUUUU